UGCGGCCUGGCGAGGCGUGGAGAGUGCAGGGACACUCGCAGUGCUCGCUGUUAACGCACAUCAUGUCCACUAGGAAGAGGAAGGCCUCCAGCUCGGAGGAGCCAGUGUGCGUGCUGUGUGGCCGGGCAGAUGUCGACCCGAACAUCUGUGGGCACACACUUGAUGAGAAGGGGAUUCGUGUCCAUCAGUAUUGCUUGGAGUUUGCCAUCACAUUUACUGAAGCAAGCCUAAUACGGUUGGCAACUGAGGGCCUCCCUCUUGGUGCCAUCAGACGCGCAGCCAAACACGCAACCAAGCAGCAAUGCUUUGUCUGUGGCGAGAGGGGGGCUGCCAUCACAUGCUCAGAGACAGGCUGUGAACGAAGCUUCCAUCUGCCCUGUGCCAUGGAUGGGGAAUGUGUCACCCAGCACUUUAGGCAGCGCAGGUGCUACUGCUGGGAGCACCGCCCUCGGCAGGAAAUUCAGGAAGCUCCAGAAGAAGGCACCAUCUGCCUCAUCUGCUUGGAGCCUGUGGGGGACAGCUUGUCCUACCACACCAUGGCGUGCCCAACGUGCCAACAUGCCUGGUUCCACCGGGGCUGCAUCCAGCAACAGGCCUUGAAUGCUGGCGCUUUCUGCUUCUACUGCCCCGGCUGUCGAGACAAAGAUCAGUUCUUUCAAGAAAUGGCCACCAUGGGGAUACAAAUCCCUCACAGGUUGGUGUCCUUCUGCUCAGUUCUGCUGACAUUAAGGCUGUCAUGCUGGGCCUGCCCAGGGACUGUCUCAGCAGGCCUAGCCCUUGGCUGUCUCGUGAACAUGUGCCCCAGCUUCAUGGAGAAGCUGGAAGUAGAGUUGGGGUGGAUGUGUUGGGAUAACCUUGCAUCUUAUGCUGGGCACACUGGGGGCUCAUCACUCGCCCUCUCUUCACUUGCAGAAGACCAAAUUGGAUAGAUG